AUGGAUCAACCGCAAUUUGUGGUCCAAUUUGACCACAAACGGCUUACAAAGUAUACCUAUACCAAAGUCAGAAAACAAAUUCAGACAUUCAUUUCCGCUCUUCGCCAGAUCAAGCAAAUGUAUACCGGCACUACAGUCUCCAAUCCAUUCACAAUACACGUUGGCACCACACCCUCUUCAAACCUAAUCUAUCCUGGCAUGGCAAUGGCAUGCCAUACCAGUGAUACCACCCUCAAUCUCCAAUCUCAGAUUUCCAUUGAGAUUUCCCGUUCUGCAAGAUCCCGAGCCGCUCUACCUUACCAUCCAUCCAUCCAUCCAUCCAUCCAUUCCUUGAUCCAGCCCGGAACCUCUUUCCAUCUCCCCUUCAUUCCCGAUUUCCCAAGAUCAAACCCAAGUCUCUUUACUAACAAGGUUAUUCCGAUCGAUGCAUGCUAG